AUGUUCUCUGCCAUGCUGAUGGACGCCUAUCGUGAUGAACGUCCCGGGUUCUGCGUCGCCUAUAUAACGGACGGUCACCUUCUCACUCAACGGCGGAUGCACUUCCAGUCGCGCGUAUCGACAACCACCGUACACGAACUUCUCUUCGCCGACGACUGCGCCCUGAACACCAUCUCGGAAGAGGACAUGCAACCGAGCAUGGACUUCUUCUCCGCAGCCUGCGAGAACUUCGGUCUGUUCAUUAACACGCAGAAGACGAUGGUCAUGCAUCAACCGCCACCCAACACAUUGGUAUUACCAAAAAAGACAAGGGAUACCGUAACAUCAAUUUCGUGCUUACUAGCUGUCAUCAGCUAG